CCAACCUACGCGCGCUACGUAUCCAAAGAGAGCGUUGCGGACGAACUUCACUUCUCUCGUUCGCACGGUUGGUGCUAUUGUUUGUCUUUUAUGACAUUUGUCAAAUCGUCCAUUUCAGAAGCGUGCACGAGUAAUGUGUGAAUUUUUAUUUUAAUAUGGCUAUGUUAGCUGCGCCACGGCGCAAACAAAAAGUAAUAAAUCUGCGUGCAAAAAAUAAUGCUUGGAGCAAUGACACAAAUAAGUUUGGUCAGCGAAUGUUAGAGAAAAUGGGGUGGAGUACGGGCAAGGGGUUAGGAGCGAAUGAAGAUGGAAUUGUGGAACAUGUUGUCGCUAGAUACAAGAACGAUGAAAAAGGACUCGGUUUUGAAGACAGAAAUGAUCAAUGGACCAAACACGAAGAUGAUUUUAAUUCCUUGCUGUCAAAUUUAUCAAAUGCUAGUAGUGAUGAUAAGAAACUACACAGUGGUGUCUCACUAGAAGAUAAAUCUAAAAAGAGUAAGGCCCGAGUACAUUAUCAUAAGUUUACACGAGGGAAGGAUUUGACUCGUUAUAGUGAAAAAGACUUAGCUAAUAUUUUUGGAAAGAAAAGCCUUAAAAACAAAGGUACUGAACCUGAAGAAAAACCCAAAAAUGAAGAGGUAAUCGAAAGUGAACAGAAAUUUAGUGACAAAGGCAGUAUGGAGGAUUAUUUUAAGCAAAAAAUGGCAGCAUUUCAAUCAAAGGCUAAAGUGAUAGAUCUCAAACCUGAGAAUCAGUCUGAGGAUACUGAUUAUGUUUUUAAAGGGUUUUCAACAUCUGAAGAAAAUGAGCUUGAUGAUAGUGUCCAAAAAGGUUUUUCAUUUUAUGAUAAGCCAGUUAUUCAAAUCAAUUAUGAAAAUGGUAUAACAAAUGUUGACAGUGAAGACCAAGCACAGUUGGUGAAGAAAAAGAAAAAAAAGUCUAAAAGAAAAAAUAGAGAUUUACCAAUACAAGGGCAAGACCAUCCAUUGAAGCUAUCCAUUGAAGAAAAUGAUACUACAAGUCAAGAACAGGACAUAAAUAUAAAUUCUGAAACUGGUAAAAAGUCUAAAAGAAAUCUAGAAACUCACCAUGAGUAUAGUAAAAAUGUCAAGUGCAAAAAGAAGAAAUCAAAAUGUAAAGAAAGUGUUGAAUUAUUUCAAAACACAGAGGAAGAAGUUCUUCCUAAGAAAAAAAAGAAACACAGAAAUAAAGAAUUAUAGUAAUGUUUUGUAUAUUUUUUAAAUAAUUCAGUUUAACAUCUAGAUACCCCUUUUUCAGCAACAAAAGUACUGGGGUAUAUUGGUGUUGAUUCCGGCAAGAUUCUC